AUGGGGAAGACCCCCGUUAACACAUACUUCACCCCAAGGCUACACCAUUUUGGUGUGGGCCCCAGGCAGCAGCGCUUUUGGGGCGAUGUCCCGGCUCCGAAUUUGCACCGAGGCCCGGAAAUCGGUCCCGUUAGAGCCGAUUUCACCCGUCAGGAAUGCGUUCCGCCCCUGACGCCUCCCCGCGGCAGACGCCCUCGGGUCUCCCCGCUUCAGGGGCGGCAGGGGACAGCUCGAGGGAAGCGCCGCCUCGGCCCGUCACAAUAUCUCCGGGCAGGCCGCCGGCCGCAGACGCCAGGGGAUAGGCGCAAAGGCUGCGGCCCGGCCAGAGCUCCCCGGGUCGUAAGCGGGCGCCGCCCCUGCCCUCCCGCUCCGGGACGCAAGCUCCUCCGGUGCCCGCCCGUACCUUUAACUCCUCAGAGCGGCGGCGCAGGGCAGAGGGCGAGCAGGCCCAUCUUCCAGCAGCGGCGACAGCAGCCCGAGGAAGCGCGGGGGAGGGUUCCUCCGACGCGCCGAGGCGCCUCUGUACUGGGGCGGGGACGACGGAGGGGAGGGGUCCUGACGGCCGCUUUCCCGAACUCCUCCUCCGCAGUUGUGGCUCGACGGCGGCUCCCGGGAACCAGCGCCUCAACUGCCAUCUCCCCCUCCCUCAGCCCCCGCUUUCCCCGCUUUCUCCUCCCACUCCUUCCUCCCGCCCCCUGCCGCCCCGCCCCGGCGCGCCGCCCGCGUGCUUUGCGUCAUGGCGUCACGCCCACCGGGCCCACUGCGGGCGGCUCUAGAGGAGGUCGUCGCCUCACGCACGUUGGUUCCGCGCCCGCGCGCUGCACCGGAGUGGUCCCGACUGCGGCUCCCACGCCUUUGCCUGGCUCAGGGGACUUCGCCCUGAGUGCGCCGGGCGCUGGGGUCAGUGUCUCUCUGCCCGCCUCUCCGUGGCCCCGAGAGCGUCUCCUCCUAGGACAGGUCGGGGUGGCUGGAGCUGCGCCUGAUUGAAGGGAGUCGCCGGACUCGGCGACCCUGGCUCUUGGCAGUUCGCAGGGCAUUAUUCAUCCCUUUGUGUUCUCAGGAUUCACCUGCUGGAUCGGCGGGCCCAGGGAGAGAAGCGCCGGGAUGUUGCAGCUCUCGGCGAGGAACUGUUACACCUUUAAAUGCUACUUGAAGGCUGCCAGCAAUUUUACAUAUGGGAUACUUUAAGCCUACAGAUAGCACAAGAAUAACACAGUUUCACUCUGUUGCCCAGGUG